AUGAGGUGGAUUUGCGUUAUUCUGCUAUUUAGAUCUGUGCUUAGUGUAUCACACAGUCCCGAUGAGAACUUUAACAUGAGAAACUCCAGUCUGUUUGAAGGAGACAUGAUUCUCUCAAAAGACCAACAAGAAAGAGCGGAAGAAGAAUUAGACAUUGAUGAUUCUCGGCAUAAAAGAGCCACCUCGAGAUCCAGAUUGUGGCCAAGGGGAGUCGUGAAAUAUAAAAUCGAUGUAAACCUCGGUCGAAAAUCCCGAGCUAUGACUGCCAUCAAAGCAGCAAUGGCGGAAUGGAGGACAAAAACUUGCAUCCAGUUUAAGAAGAGAACAAACGAAAAAGCUUACGUCCUGUUUCGGUAUAGCAAUCGGUUUAUUUGGAACCAACAUAAUGACCAGCUCCCAGUUGCCUUGUUAGCUCAGUUCGUAGAGCGUCAUUGGUUCAAAUCCCUCGGUCGUCGUCAGGAAAUCUUUCUCGGACCAAGGUGUUGGUUCAAAGGAACAGUUGUUCAUGAAAUAGGGCAUGCGAUUGGAUUUUAUCAUGAACAGUCUCGACCUGAUCGAGACUCUUACAUCAAAAUAAAGUACGAAAACAUUCGUUCAGGAGCAAAGAAAAAUUUUCACAAGUACCGGCGAUCGACAAUUGAUUCACUUCUCACGCCAUAUGAUUAUGGAAGUGUGAUGCAUUACAGAAGUAAAGCUUUCAGCAAGAAUGGAAAGCCAACAAUAAUUGUUAAAAAACACGGGGUAACCAUUGGUCAGAGACGACGUUUAAGUCCGAUUGAUGCUCGGCAGGCGGACCUUAUGUACAAAGCAGAGUGUAAACGGAGGGCGAAAGUAAAAGGACGGGGAGAGAAAGGUAAAACCAACACAAAAGAAAAAUUUUCAAAUAGCUAGCACUUUCCUGAGGAAAACACGAACCAUUUUUCUUGUCAUCAUUCGAAUUCGUUCUUAUCAUGUCGAGACUGCACUAUUCUAGUCAUUCACCUUCAAAUUGAUAAAAAAUUCUGAUUUCCUUCAAACAACGAUUUCUCUAUAAAACUGCCAGCUAUUACAUCAUAAUUUUCCAAACCAGUUGGAUUGAAAGAGCAAGAGUGAGAGAUGAAGUGAUUAAAGCACUCAAGAGUUGAAUUUUUUCGCUGUGUAAACGCAUCAGGCUCUUUAUCCAUACACGAUUUUCGUACUUUCACAAGUUUUAGGGGAGGUUUGCGUUUUCUGCAUGCGAAAGAACUUGUCAAUUGAAAGACGAACGAAGUGCCGAUUUGG